AUGGCACCACUCUGCGCAGACCCGCGGCAGGUCGUCAUCGCCCUCAACCCCGCGAGACGAGCCGCUCUCCUCACACUCAUCCAAGAAAUCAUCGCCUUCAUGACACUACAGCUCGUCAACCCCAACGACGAACUAGGUUCACUCACCGACUCAGACGGCGAAACCGACAACACCAAAACACAGCAAUCCUCCAACACCCCACCCCACAAUAUCCCAAGGAAACCCGUCAGGAAACCAACCGGCAAUGCCGCCAGACAGAUUGAACAAAUCCAAGAAGCAGCAACGGAGUACAUGCAGGAAUGGAAAUCCGGCUUCCUCCCCCGUCUCAACGAGAUCAUCCGCGUCCAAGACACGCCCCAGAUCAAAGAGGAGCGGAAAAACCGCCAAGCAGCCCUCGACAAGAAGAAGCUCGACACGCCGGAAGAGGGCGAAAACCUCAUCAGCUUCGGGGACGUGCAGAUCGACAAGUCGGAAGACGUGGCUGCUCUCCAGAAGCUGUACCACCCCAUUCCCACGAGAUUGACUACCGUUCCGGCGCAGGAUCGUCGAGAAGCACUAAGCUGCGUGUUGCUGCUGCUGCUCUCCACGGGGAAGUACUCGGCUCACUCCCGAACAAUGGUGCUGUAUCUCGCGUCGGCGCUCGAGAUUCCCCAGACGUUUGUCAACAAGGAGGAAGUGGAAAUUGCGCACUCGCUCAUGGAGUCAUCCACCGCAGACAAGAACAAGAAGGAUACCAUGUCUGCGGAGGCGGAAGCCGAGAAGCGCAGACAGCAGAACAAGUUUAGUCGAUUCUGGAAAGUCGGUCUUGCAAGUGUAGCUGGCGCGGCGGUCAUUGGGGUGACGGGCGGUCUUGCUGCGCCGCUGGUAGCUGGUGCGAUAGGCGGCAUCAUGGGCGGCGUGGGUUUAGGAGGUGUUGCGAGCUUCUUGGGUAUAUUCUGGAUGAACGGUGCUCUUGUGGGUGCUUUAUUCGGCGCUUACGGGGCCAAGAUGACGGGUGAAAUGAUGGACAAGUACGCCAAAGAAGUAGAAGACUUCAAAUUCAUCCCUCUCGCACCAGACUACGGCGCCGACUUCCAACAUCCUACUACAGCACCCCCAGGUCAAGAAGCCCGCCGACUCCGCGUCACAAUCGGAAUAAACGGCUGGCUCAACACAGAAUCCGACAUCAUCACCCCAUGGCGAGUCCUCCCCCUCUCAGAAACAGAAGUAUUCGCCCUCCGCUACGAAAUGAAGACGCUCCUGAAUCUCGGAACCGCCCUCCAAGACCUCGUCCAAUCCUUCGCCUGGAAGACCCUCAAAGUCGAAAUCAUCAAACGCACCGUCCUCGCCACCCUCUGGGCAGCCCUCUGGCCGAUCCAAAUCCUUGCCGCCGCCUCCAACGUCGACAACCCCUUCAGCCGGGCGAGCAACCGCUCCAAAAAAGCAGGCCACCUCCUCGCCGACGCGCUCAUCAACAAAGUCCAGGGCGAACGACCCGUCACCCUCAUCGGCUACUCGCUCGGCGCCACCGCCAUCCACGCCUGUCUCCAGUCCCUCGCCGAACGAAAAGCCUUUGGCCUGAUCGACAACGUCGUCAUCAUCGGUGCUCCCGCGCCCUCAAACGCAGCACACUGGCGCACACUGCGCUGUGUCGUGUCAGGAACCAUUUUCAACGUGUACUCUGAAAACGACAUGAUGCUGGGCUUUGUGUACCGCAUGCACAGUCUUGCUAUGGGCGUGGCUGGCCUCCAGCCAAUCGAGGGCGUAAACGGCAUUCAGAACCUGAAUCUCAGUGAGAAAGUGAGCGGCCACCUGCGGUAUCCGUCUCUGACGGGUGAAAUUCUCAAGGAGUGCGGAUUCAUGGGCGUCAAGGCAGGUGGUGAAAUUGAAAAAGACGACGUGAUUCGCAUGAAGGACGAGCACGCAGAAGGGAAAUUGGUCGACUUUGAUGCCAUUACCAAGGCUGAACCGCAGCGGAAGGAGAGUAAAGUCGCUGAUGACCUGCGAGGAUUGACAAUCUCCCCGCCGGCAUUAGCAGGGGAAGAAAGACCACCUCUUCCGGUUCGUCCAGCACAGCCUGAGCCAGAUGUGCGCGAUGAGCCAGACUCGGAUGACCAGUCAAAGAGGAUGGAACACAAGUCUCUUCACGAGGGAUUCGAUGAUCCGCCCUUGGUGACGGGCGGGAAGGAAAACAGCAGCAGGUUUAAGCGCGAGCAGACUCCUGAGUCGAAUGAUGGUGAUGAUGGGGAAUUUAUGGCUAUUAAAAUGGAGGAUUAUGAUGACGAUGAUGACGAUGAACACGAUGAAAAGGAUAGGAAGCACUAG